AUGGAGGUCGGUGGGACCCCUGAAAAAUUGCAUUCUCCCCAUGCAUUGCAUGUCAUGGAAGAAAAAAAAAACUUCAAAGAAAUAAGUGAAGCAUUUGAAUCUUUAGCUAAAUUGAAAAUGGAGGAUAAUCAGCUGAGAAGUGAAUUUGGUCUAAAAUCCCUUGCAAUAAUGAAGGGUCUGCAUGCCAUUAAUUUAGGAGACAGUGGGCUUAUAGUGGUUAGAGAUGGAUGCACCAUUUUCCGAUCCCCUGUGCAGCAGCAUGAUUUUAACUUCACAUACCAAUUGGAGAGUGGAAAUGGCGGUGAUUUGCCUAGCUCUGGUCAGGUCUUUACAAUUCCUGUUGCUCCAGGAGAUGUUGUAAUUGCUGGCACUGAUGGACUCUUUGACAAUUUGUACAACAAUGAGGUUACUGCAGUGGUGGUUCAUGCCAUGAGAGCUGGCUUGGGGCCCCAGGUUACAGCUCAGAAGAUAGCAGCGCUGGCUCGCCAACGAGCCCAGGAUAAGAACCGUCAGACUCCUUUUUCCACAGCUGCCCAAGAUACUGGAUUCCGUUAUUAUGGUGGCAAGCUUGAUCACCAGAAAUGUGGGAGAUGUAGUUGUUCUAAAAAGUAUCAUUAGACCAACAUAAACAGUUGCAAUCGGAGUACUUAAAAGCACAGACGCAUUUAAAGAAGUAGAAGGAGAAGAACUAUGACCUGACUAUUGGGAGGUACAUGUUCAAGUGCCAAUCAAACCUAAUAAGAGCUUGAUCAGAUCAUAUGAACUUGUCAAAAUAGUUGGACAAGCUAUUGGAGCUCAUGUUGCUUGGCCUACUCCAUUUGUGAUAUAUUUCUUUCGUAAAUAAUAAUUUCAUUAACAAAUUUAUAUUAACUUAAUAUAGUGUCAAUUACCUUUAUAAGUUUAUCUUUUGGAUGCAGAUUUUGCAAGUUAUGGAUGCUAGCCGAGAAUAUUUAUACAAGUGAGGUUGAGAGUUCGGGAAUUGAUUUUGUUUUGAUAAUUUGUCUCUGGAAUAUAGAUGUCACUAUGGCUUUUCAGAAUUUAUGGUUGGAAUAAUUUUCUUUUUAAUUUUUUUUGCUUUAACUUUGUUAGUGUAGUAGAAUAUUUUAUAAUUUCGGCAAGGGAUUUUUAUUGCAAUAUAAAUAAAUUUAUAUUUCAAUAAUAAA